ACUUGCACUCAAUUUAUCCGCCAACCCCCCGCCUCUUCCAAAUUCAAUAUCUCGUGAUCGACUACGUGCCCUUUUUUCAUUCGUCCGGAUAAAUCUAAAAGCGCUUUUUAUAUUUUGGCUUUCUACGCAGCCAAUACAACGUUGACGCCAAAAAAUUUAAAAUGCCUUUUUUUUUUUUUUUGUAACCGAUGAAUUAAAAGAAAAGAGAACGAAGGAAAUUUGUAGAUCCAGAUUUCAGAAUCCUUCCAAUCCUAGUUGAGCUCCCUUCCACGUCAUCGAUCCUCGUAAUCUCCUAUGAGAUAAACCACAGCCGUUUGAUAAAAACCGAAAGUUAGCCAUCCCCAGCCGUUGGAUUAUUUCUCCUACCCUCUUCCUCUCCUUCUAUCCCAAAGCCUUUCCCUUUUAAAUCCAACCCUUCUCCUUUCCCACCAUCUUCACAACAACAACAACAGUUUCCUUCCUCUCUCUAUUUCUUUCGCUGUCAGAGUCAGACAGAAGAUAAAAGAGUUUCAAGUUUUAAUGGCGACUGAAGAAACUAAUAAUACACAGGGCCUUCCUCAACAAUCUUCUCUUCCAGACUACCCUCAGAUGAUUUUGGAAGCGAUAGAGGCAUUGAACGAGAAAGCGGGGUCGAAUAAGUCAGCAAUCGCGAAGCACAUCGAGUCGACUCACUCAGAUCUCCCAGCGGCUCAGUCCACUCUGCUUUCCCACCACCUCAACAAGAUGAAACAAAGCGGUCAAAUUGUUAUGUUGAAGAACAAUUACUCGAAACCCGACCCCAAUGCUCCACCCAAGCGUGGACGAGGGCGUCCACCUAAACCCAAGGUUCCUCUUCCACCUGGUACCGUCGUCUCCCCACCUAGGCCUCGUGGUCGUCCGCCUAAGCCCAAAGAUCCAUUUGCUCCACCUAAGCCUAAAACCUCCAUCGGUACUGGAAGGCCACGUGGACGCCCCCCUAAGAAGGCAAAGACUGGUUCCAUCACUGCUCCUUCACCUACCGGCGUUAAGCGAGGUCGAGGUCGGCCGCCGAAAGUGUAACCGUCGGUGGGUUUUCAACUAUAGUGAAGCUUAAACAAAGAGAGAAAAAGAGGGAGUUAGCUAGGUUUUUUUUUUUUUUCCCCUUUUUAACUUUAAUUUUUAGGCGUUGUUUUAAUUCUCUACUAAUCGAUGUUUUAGCUUUUUUAAUUUCAAUUUUAAUUAUUUUUGGGGGAAAGUGUUGUAAUGUUAUUAGUGGAGGGGAUUUAGAUUUUAGUGCGACUCUCUGUAAUUUGCAUGUAAAUUUGUUGAAUUAUGUAGUCAUUUUCA